GACUCGUAGAUUACUACCUUCCCACAGGUGACAACAGGGGACCAGGAGACUCACCGAAUCUGAGGGUCCAGCGGGCCACCAGACGUGUCUAGACCUCCGAACCACUCUCCCUGAGGUGGCUUUUGCGACUACAUCGUCCGGGAGACUCAUGACAGACCACGAGGAAGCAGAAGUCAAACGACGAGCGGCCAUCAGCCAGGAAGGUCUGCCUCGAGGCCAUGGCACUUGCCACUCCAUCCUCCCGGUCACUCACGACGCACCUACAGACCACGAAGGAGCAGAAGUCAAACCAUCAGCGGUCAUCAGUCAGAAAGGUAGACAUGACAAGAAAAGAGCCUGCCUCGAGGCCACCCUCCGCAAUAUGGACACUUGCCACUCCAUCUUCCCGAGGACUGACCUACAGAGGCUACAGACCACCAAGAAGCAGAACUCAAACCAUAGCCGGACAGCCAUCCGUCAGAAAGGCAGACGAAACUCUGCCUCGAGGCUACGCUUCGCAAUAUGGCACUUGCCACUACAUCUAAGGGCGUGUUUGUCUCCCCUGAAAUCGGGCUCUGAAGUGUUCAGAGCCGUUUUUUCAGAGUGCUGUUUGGAAACCUCUGAACAUUUCAGUACUGAAAUUGCUCCACAAAUCCCCGUUCUGAAAUUCCGAGUCCCACUUUCGAUUUGUUGCCAAUCAUCUUUCAUCAAACUCCCCAAUUUCAGAGUCCAACAUUCAAUCCCGAAGGAGCUUCAGAACGUUUCUGAACCGAAUUCUGAAUUUCAGGAUGGUCCGUGCAACUUUUCUGAAAACCAUUUCAGAAAACCCACUUCAGAAGGCCAUUUCAGGGGAGACAAACACGCCCUAACCCUUCCCAAACACUCACGUACAGACCGCGAACAAGCAGAACUCAAACCACUCGACCACAGGUGACAGAUCACCAUCAGUUCAAGAGCACAGGUAGACAAAACUCCUGCCUCGAGACCACUGUCCGUAUUGUGGCACUUGCCACUCCCAUCUCCCCGAGAC